AUGAUAUCUCGAGCGGCGGCUCCCUCCCCUUCCUCCCUCUCACACCUGUCUUCCCGCUCCCUCCGCGCCCAGGGGGCGGCCGCCCGCUCUUUCGCAUCCGUGCAGGAGGCACCUCCCGUGCGGCACUAUGGCGGGCUCCAGGACAAGGAUCGGAUCUUCACAAACCUCUACAAUCACCAUGGGGCAGACCUCAAGUCGGCAAUGAAGUAUGGUGAUUGGCACCGGACCAAGGAUAUCAUUCUCAAGGGCGAUGAUUGGGUGAGUGUCCCUCCCAUUGUGGUUAGGAUGUCCAAAAAAGGUCGCAAUUGCUAA